AUGCCAGCUGUUCCACAGAUCCUGCUGGUUAUUCUGGAAGAGCUGGAGAGAGCAGAACUGAAGAGGUUUCAAUGGUACCUGACAACAGAAAAUGCACUAGAAGGCUUCUCUCACAUCCCAAAGUCUCAGCUGGAGAAUGCUGAUGUACAGGACACGGUGGAUAAGAUGGUGGAGAGAUACAAACCAAGAGGUGCUGUGGACAUCACACUGAUCAUCCUGAAGAAGAUGGAGCAGAAUAACCUGGCUGAAAAGUUAGAGAAUAAACAUAAGGAAGGUAAUACAGCUCACAUGACAUUUACAACACAUAUUGAUUAUGAAGCUGUCAGUAUCAAAAUGAAGUUCAGCCUGAAACAGAAAUAUCAGCGGAUUUUGGAUGGAACAUCAGUGAGAGGCCAUAAAAAGUUCCUGAAUGAUAUCUACACUGAUCUCUACAUAGUGGAGGAUGAGACUGGAGGAGUCAUUCAUGAACAUGAGAUUAUGCAGGCUGAGGCAUCAACAAGGAGAUUUACCUCAGAGGAAACUCCAAUCACAUGCAGUGACAUUUUCAAAGGCCCACCUGAUCCAAGUCGAAGAAACAGAAAAGUGCUGACUAUGGGAAUUGCAGGAGUAGGGAAAACUGUCUCAGUGAACAAAUUCAUACUGGACUGGGCAGAGGGAAGGACCAACCAGGACAUAAAUUUUAUUUUUCCACUUCCCUUUAGAGAGCUGAAUUCCGUGAAAGACAAAAAAUACAGCCUGAUUGAGCUGCUUCAUGAACAUUUUGAAGAUUCUGUUGAAUUGAGAUCUCCACCUGAUGGUGAUGGUAAAGUUAUGUUCAUUUUUGAUGGACUGGACGAGUGCCGUUUCCCUCUUAACUUUAACCAGAGACACAAACUGAAAAGCAUGGAUGAGAAAUCCUCAGUGGGACUGCUAAUAAGCAAUUUAAUCAAAGCAAAUCUGCUUCCCUCUGCUCUCAUCUGGAUAACCUCCAGACCAGCAGCAGCCCAUCAGAUCCCUCGAGGCUACAUUGACCAGGUGACCGAAGUACGAGGAUUCAGUAAUGAACAAAAGGAAGAGUACUUUAGGAGGUACAAUGACAAGGACCAGGAUAUGGCCAAAAAUAUGAUCUCACAUGUAAAGAAAUCAAGGAGCCUCCACAUCAUGUGUCACAUACCAGUCUUCUGUUGGAUAUCAGCCACUGUGCUUCAGCCAAUGCUAGCUAAAGACACUAGUGAAGAACUCCCUGCAACUCUGACUGGGAUGUACACACAGUUUCUAAUUUUCCAAAGAAAUCGAAUGAAAGAGAAAAACGAGGCUGAGAACAUGAAUCAAAUGAGAAAAAAAAAUAAGGCUGAACACACCAUUAUGAAGCUUGGAAAGUUUGCCUUCCUUCAGCUGGAGAAGGGUAAUCUGAUAUUCUAUGAGGAAGACCUGAGAGAGUGUAGCAUUGAUGUCAGUGAGGGUUCAGUGCACUCAGGAGUUUGCACACAGAUAUUCAGUCGAGAGCAGGGAGCCUCUGAGAGGAUGGUGUUCAGCUUUGUGCAUCUGAGUGUUCAAGAAUUCCUUGCUGCCGUCUAUGUGUUUCUCUCACAUCAUAUCAAGAAAAAGAAUCCACUUUAUCCCAACACAGUGGCAAACAGAAUUAAAUGGCGGUUUAAGAGCACACAAGAUUUCUAUGAAUCUGCUGUAGGUAAGGCCUUAGAGAGUGAGAAUGGACACCUGGACCUUUUCCUCCGCUUCCUUCUUGGCCUGUCACUGGAGUCCAAUCAGAGACUCCUGAAAGACUUACUGCCACAAAAAGUGGUCAGAGCAGUGAGUGUGAAGAAAACAGUCGACUACAUCAAGAAGACACUCAACAAGAACAUCUCAUCAGAGAGGAGCAUCAAUCUCCUCUACUGUCUGAAUGAAUUGAAGGAUGAUUCUGUUGUAGAUGAAAUUCAAAAUUACUUGGGCUCAGGACGUCUCUCAACAGAGAAACUGUCAUCUGCACAGUGGUCAGCUCUAGUCUUUGUGCUGCUGAUGUCAGAGGAGACUCAAGAAAAGUUUGAGCUGAAGAAAUACAGAGGAUCAGAUGAAGGGUUGAAGAGACUUCUUACAGUGCUGAAAAACACCAAACGGGCUAUACUUGCUGGUUGUAAUCUCACUGAACAAUCCUGUGAAGCUAUAGCCACCACAAUUCUACAGUCAGUAAACUGUCCCCUGAGAGAGCUGGACAUGAGUAACAAUCACCUCCAGGAUCCAGGAGUGAAACAGCUUUGUGUGGGACUGAAGAAUCCACACUGUAAACUGGAGAUACUGAGACUCACUGGUUGUAAACUCACUCAACAGUCCUGUGAAGCUGUAGCCUCAGCUCUGCAGUCAGUAAACUGUCCCCUGAGAGAACUGGACCUGAGUAACAAUGACCUUCAGGAUUCAGGAGUGAGGCUGAUCAGUGUGGGACUGAGGAAUCCACACUGUAAACUAGAGAUACUGAGACUUGCUCUCUGUAAACUCACUGAACAGUCCUGUGAAGCUGUAGCCUCAGCUCUGCAGUCAGUAAACUGUCCCCUGAGAGAACUGGACCUGAGUGACAAUGACCUUCAGGAUUCAGGAGUAAGGCUGAUCAGUGUGGGACUGAAGAAUCCACAUUGUAAACUGGAGAUACUGAGAUUGUCUGGCUGUUUAGUGACAGAAGAAGGCUGUUCUUCUCUGGCUUCAGCCCUCAUUUCAAACCCCUUACACCUGAGAGAGUUGGAUCUGAGCUACAAUCACCCAGGAGACUCAGGAGUGAAGCUGCUCUCUGACAGAAAGGAUCCACACUGUCGACUGGGCACACUCAAUGUGGAUCAUGGAGCAGAGUUCAGGAUCAAACCAGGAUUAAAAAAAUAUGCCUGUGAUCUCACACUGGACCCAAACACAGUAAACACGCACCUCUCUCUGUCUGAGGGGAACAGAGAGGUGACACGGGGAGGAGUGAAGCAAUCGUAUCCUGAUCAUCCAGAUAGAUUUGAUUACUGCCGUCAGGUCAUGUGUAGACAGAGUCUGACUGGACGCUGUUACUGGGAGACUGAAUGGAGUGGGGAUGAUGCUGCCAUAGCGGUGACAUAUAAAGGAAUCAGGAGGAAAGGAGUGAGUGUUGACUGUAGGUUUGGAUGCAAUGAAAAUUCCUGGAGUCUGAGAUGCUCUGAUAACAGUUACACUGUCCGUCACAAUAAUCACAGAACUGAUUUACCUGCCCCCCCCUCACACACACACAGAGUAGGAGUGUAUCUGGACUGGUCGUCUGGAUUUGUGUCCUUCUACAACAUCUCUGACGCACACACUCUCGCACACAUACACACAUUCCACUGCACAUUCACUGAACCCCUCUACGCAGGGUUUGGGUUUUAUGUUUAUUACUCCUCAGUGUCUCUGAGUCAGAUAAAAUAA